CACAAACAUGGUGAACAUUCCUAAAACCCACCGGACUUUCCGUAAGAAGUGUGGCAAGCAUCAACCCCACAAAGUGACACAGCACAAGAAGGGCAAGGACCCUCUGUAUGCCCAGGGAAAGCAGUGUUAUGACAGGAAGCACAGUGGCUAUGCUGGGGAAACUAAGGCAAUUUUCUGGAAAACAGCUAAAACUACAAAGAAGAUUAUGCUAAGGCUUGAGUGUGUUGAGCCCAACUGCAGAUUUAAGAGAAUGCUGGCUACUAAAAGAUGCAAGCAUUUUGAACUGGGAGGAGAUAAGAAUAGAAAGGGCCAAGUGAUCCAGUUUUAAGUGUCAUCUUUCUUUUAUGAAGACAAUAAAAUAUUGAGUUUAUGUUAAAAAAAAAA